AGACGAAGCAAGCCACGGAGUGGACCGAGUCUUUUUUCUUUUUUAGCAGGCAGCAGCGAAACUCGAUCCAAAACCAGACUUUCUUCCUCUUUCUACUCACCCCUCAGGAGAAGGAGAGGCCGUAUCUUUCCCUCGAAUUCGAAACCCUCCUCUAUUCUCUCUGUUUUUUUUUUUUAUCCUUCUCCUCAGUCCGAUUUCUUUCACACUCGCCUCUCAGUCUCCUUCGAGGUCGGAAUCGAAGGACUGACGAUAUCUAGGGUUUCUUCCGACGCACACAGAGAGACGGAGCGUCGUGAGAGUAAUCGAUGGAUUGGGGGAACGUGACGACGGAGGAUCUGAUCGACGCCCUUAAAGAAGUGGACUGGUCUUCUCCUCCGCGCCCGGUCUCCGAAUUCUUCUCCAGAUUCACCGUCCCCAGAUCCUACUCCAAAUGGAACAGCCGCUUAAAGUGCAAUCUCUACUAUUACCGGACGAAUUACUUCAUCAUGAUCGUAUUUAUUCUUGGGAUUGGCUUUCUUUUCAGGCCUCUUGCCAUUCUUGCCACCAUUUUGACAGGCCUGAGUAUUGCAUUCCUGAAUGACAGCUUUGCAGUUACUUUUAAUGAGAAGGUAACAAGAACUGUCAGACAAUUUUCUCCACAUGUAGCUGCAAAGUUGAGGCCACCUAUAACGCCUGUUCUUCGUGGGCGGUCAUCUGCAAAAAGAGCGAUUCAUAUAUGUGGACGGCCUCGUUGGGUUUUCGUCUUGGUAUUCUCAGCAGCCAGUUGCAUCCUCUGGUUAACCUCUUGCAGGCUCCUUACCGUUCUUUGGGCACUUCUCAUUGGACUGCUUGCAACACUACUUCAUGCAAGCUUUAGAACACCAAAUCUGAAAGCACGUCUGAACACAUUUCGCGAGGAAUUUCGAGCGGUGUGGCGCAACUACAGUGAGCUGUAACUGUAGUCCUGCUGAGAUUAUAUGAUGCAAGUAGCAUGCAUUGUUUCUUCCUGGCCCUUUAGCUUCUACACAUAUGAUUAACUGUGGAUUAUCUGUUGAUGCAUCCAGCAUGUAUAAACAUCAAUUAAGCUUUUAAAUAUUUUGCAAGGCAUCAUCAUCUUGUCGUGUCAUGACUUUUUGAAACUUUGCCUGUCUCUUCAUGGUCUGUUGGAAUCUAAACUGAAACUACAAUUAGACUGGAA